CGCUCUUUCCGCCUCUUCUCAAACAUUAUCACCUGCAACAAAUCACUCAUCUUCGCACUCUCAAUAUCUUUACAAACCAUCUUCCUCACAGCGUGAACAAAAAAUGCAGUAUAGCGCAAAUCGCCAAAUGCUUGGUUCAAAUGGCCGAUCUCCAUCAUCUGACUCCCGAAGCCGUGGACAAUAUGCGAAACAAUAUAACGAAUCAUCACAGCAACGAGCACGGAGUGUCAGUCCUCAACCGUCGUCCAGGGGGUUUAGCACGCAUAACGAAAACUGGAAUUCUGGGAUUUAUAACAUUGUAGGCGGGAACGCUGGAGGAAAUAGAGCAGGAGGUUAUUUUUAA